AUGACAUUGUUGAGGAAUCCGUUUUUCUUUUCGUAUCUAGUCGCUUUCAACCUUCUAAACUCAUUGUUGCUCCACUGCUUCGAAAUCCGGACCUAUGACUCGACCCGUUCAAGCUCUUUUGAUAGAUGGACGCAAGAGUCUCAGUCACUGACUACGAGAUCUCAGACGGAAUACCGACUGGGACCGAGAUUCGCAAGUGACGUGGUUGACUUGCAAAUUUGGGAACAGGUGCAAAAGGGGACGUCGAUUGGAGAAGUUACGGUUUCAAAUCCCAAUUCGGAGAAGAUCGAGUAUACACUGCUCGCGAAUGGAACGGAUUUUCUUUCGGUGGACCGAGACAGCGGGAAAUUGGUGCUCAGAGAUGAUCCGAAGAAUGUCAAGGAAGGAUCAUACGAAUUCCGCGUGUUGGCUUCGUCGAGAAGCGGUAAUGCGUCUACUCGAGUCAAAGUUCGGGUUUCUUACUCGAACAGUCACAGACCCUUGAUAACCAACUGUAACAAUACUGCCCGCGUCCGUGAGGAAGACACUAGUCGACCGUUCGUUUUUCAAGUGCUAGCGACCGACGAGGAUUUGGGCGUGAACGGGCAAGAAGGAUUGGAAUUCAGUAUCGUUCAAGUUCCCGGCACUGUGACCCCUAGUUUCACGAUUGAAAAAGAAACCGGAAAAAUCUUCGCGAACCGACCGUUCGAUCGAGAUGAGCCUGAAAACGAACGUAAGCUGACCGUGCCAAUCAAGGUUGUAGAUGGUGGGAAACCACCGCUGAACGAUGUUUGUGUGUUGCACAUCGAAGUUACGGAUGUGAAUGACAACAAGCCGUUGUUUGAUCGCGUCGAAUACGAAGCAAGUUUACCGAAGGACACACAGGUAGGAGCAGAGGUUUUGGGUAUUUCUGCCGCGGAUAUCGACGAUGGCGAAAAUGCCGUUAUAAACUUUUCGCUCGAGCCGGAUGAAGGAGAUCCCGACGAUGUUACUUAUUUUAGAAUUGAAAGCGGACAAAUACUACUCAAGAAGUCACUAAUUUCGCUGGAUGUCCAAACGAAAUUGCGGUUCAGAGCAAAGGCUGAAAACCCCGGAAUUCCGAAAAAGUCGGAAACUGUGAAAGUGACAGUGAUCGUGGUAGAGCCUGCUUUGCAGCCACCAACCAUCGAUGGUCCUGACAGCAUCAAUUUAGCGGAAACUUACGAGCAAACCUCAGUGCCCAUCGCAAAUUUUUCUGUCGCUGCGCAUUCCGACCCGCCCGGUCAGCUUUUUCAAGAACUUCUGAGGGGACAGUCUGAAAGCACCAACAGCAAACCUACGUUCUCUGCCACAAUGCAGAAUAACGUCGUUCAGCUUUACGUUUUGAGAGGAAUGCUGGACUAUGAGAGGAUCACCAGCUACAAUUUGACUAUAUCUGUUCUUGACACUUCCAACAAUUUGAGAGCCGAGAAAGCCAUUCACGUCAUGGUUGUGCCGAUGAAUGAUGAGCCGCCAAUUUUUGGCGAUAUUUCGGAACUAGUCGUGUUGGAAAAUCAGCCGCCUGGGACUCUGGUCGGAACCGUGGUCGCAACCGACCGUGAUGCCUAUGACGCACAUAACAGGGUUUACUAUUCUUUGAAAGACACCGCUUCGACAGCAGCUACAUUAUUCUCGGUGAAUCCUACGACUGGCGAUGUGAAGACAAGGGUCCAGUUGGACAGGGAAGUAGGAGCUACCUAUGUGUUCGAUAUUAUGGCCUCUGAUAACUAUCCAUCAGCGAUCAAACCUGAUGGAACGCCGAACAACAGUACGAUUCAGCUUCUUGUUCGCGUGAAGGAUGUGAAUGACAACAGGCCAAAGUUUGAAAAAGAUUAUUAUGAAGCUGAGGUCCUGGAAACUUUGAAUGUGAAGGCUGUUGUGGCUAAAGUGAAGGCGAACGAUCCCGACGAGAGUUCGGAACUAAUUUAUUCCAUCACUGGAGGAAACGAAGAAGGGAAAUUUACGAUCAAUGAACGUAACGGGGAAAUCCGGAUAGCAAAUGAUUUGGAUUACGAGAAAACGACUUCCUACGAUUUGACCGUGACUGUGUCGGAUCUUCAGUACUCAGCUGAAACUGAAGUCCGUGUAUAUGUCAAAAACGUGGCGGAUGAACCGCCCAAGUUCACAUUGAGCGAGCACCGCACGACGAUUGCUGAGAACUCCACUGAUUUGCCAUUCAGAAUCUUGCACGUUCAAGCUGUUGACCCGGAAAAUGUUGCUUCAGUCGGUUAUUUUUUGCAACCGGAAGACGAAGACACCUUCAAAGUGGAAUCCGAUGGGUCGCUAUGGUUAUUGAAGGCUUUGGAUCGUGAUGCGCCUUACGGAAAAGAGACGUGGGAAGUGCGAGUUUGGGCGCACACGGGAGAUCGGAAAGAUGAACUGGUGUCGUUCACCACUGUGUCAAUAACCUUGACUGAUAUCAACGACAACGCUCCCUAUCUGGUUCAGAUUGACCCUCCGCCUUUGGUGUGGGAAGACUCUUGUGAUGCAUGCCCGGUUCGCAAUGGUUGUCAGUACGUGGCCGUCUUGGAAGCACGCGACAAUGACGGGCCAGAAAAUGGAGGCCCAUUCUUGUUCGGCUUGGACUCGAGUCUCGAUCCUGAUGUGGAACGACUCUUCCGAAUCGAACAGCAAGGUUCCCAAUGGGUCCUCUACAACCAGACAACUUUUGAUCGAGAAAAGCAAAAGGAAUACCGUGUACCCAUCUGGGUCAGCGACUCGCCAAAGACCGACUCCCCACUGAAAGCCACCUCUUUUCUGAGAGUUGUGAUCGGUGACUGCAAUGACAACGAAAUGUUCGACGGUUACUCAGAAAUCGUCGUCAUGAAUUACAAGGGUGAACUGCCGGCCACGAAGAUAGGGCGAGUAUUCGUCGAAGAUCUGGAUGACUGGGAUUUGGCUGACAAAGAGUUUCAUUGGGAAAGUGUUCAGAAUCCUAAUUUUAUUCUCGACCAGGACACGGGAGACAUUAUAAUGAAUCCUGGAUAUGGAUCUGCGUUGCAUCAUACCCUCGAUUUCUCUGUAACUGAUCACAAAUGGGCUUCUACCGUGAGAGCACGAGUGAAUGUAACGGUACAAAUUAUUCCGGAAGAGGCCGCUACGGAUGUGAAGUCAGCGUCGAUAAGGCUCACGAAUAUUGAUCAAGGAACAUUCGUUGACACCAAGAAGAACGGUUGGUCGAGAGUCACUGCGCUCAAGGAGUUCGUUGGAGGCCUGACAAAUCAUGCCCCUGGAAACGUCGACGUUUUGAGCGUUCGAACCGUGUCGAACAAAGUUUUCGAGCACAAGACCGACGUCAGAUUCGCCGUUCACGGUUCUCCGUACUUGCAGGCGUCGCAUUUGAAUUGGCUCCUCACUAGUCAUCCUGAUGAGAAGCUCAGAAACUAUGGGUGUGCUUAUGUUCUCUUAUUCAUGCCCUUGACGGAAAUUGGUUAUGCGCUCAUGAACUCUCUUCCUGCGUGCAAUGAUACUGAGAUUGUAGUGGACGUUCUAACAGAUUCAAUGGAUGCUGUCUUGCUCUACAACGGGCCGGUGACUGGAAAUCCGAGGCAAUCGAAAGAUUUUUUCUCUCUGGAAUUGAGAGAUGGCCAACCGGUGCUAUUGGUGAACUAUGGAGAUCGGACAGAAUACCUGGAACCCCGUGAUGUCCGCGGGAAAAUCAAUGACGGUCACUGGCACAACAUCACUGUCCGAUGGAGUCCCCGUAGAGCGAGCAUUGCCGUUGAUGGCCGCGUGCUCAUGCAGGACCUCAGUGAAUCCCGCGGACAAUACACGCUCGUGAACUCAAACGGGCCACUGCAACUCGGCGGGUUUGUCCACGAUAUGCGAGCCAUGGAGGGUUUCUACGGUUGGACGGGCUCGGGUCGAAGCCCGCUACUCAAGUCAGCCUUCAGGGGUUGUCUCGGCAAUCUCGUCAUCAAUGGGGAACUGGUUGACUUUGCUCAGGCUUUCAUCAAGGAGCCAGAUGUGGCUCACGGUUGUCGAGCGGGGCCCAAAGCCGGACAGUUGGCGAGCCUGAGUGCCAAACCUGAAUUCCUCGCCAUUGUCAUCGGAUCUGCAGUUCUGCUGAUUCUGUUAUUGGUGUUGAUGGUGUUCGUUCGUCGACGGCAUUACGCUGCUGCGUGGGAAGAUGGAGCCGAAGACCAUAGCAGAGAUACACUGGGCACCUAUGCCGAAGAAGGUGGCGGUGAAGGAGACACGAGGACUUAUGAUCCGUCGUUGUUGAAGAAAGCUCUAUUGGAGGAUGAGAAGUUGACGCGACGCCAAGCGCCGACGGGCGAUGUUGUAGAUCCUGCCGAAAUUGCAUCAUUCCUGGAUUUGAACAAACGGAUAGCGGAUAACGGAGACGACAAAGAGGAUCUUGAUGACAUGCGGAACUAUGCAUAUGAAGGACAAGACAGUAGUGUUGGCUCGUUGAGCAGCUUGAGCUCUUGCGGCGGCGAAGAGCCAGUGGACGAGAUGUUCUUCUCCCGUCUUCAUCCACAUUUCCAAAAGUUGGCGGAAAUGUAUCGAGGGUCAGAAUCGGACUCCGAAGACGAUUACGCCGCUUCCGCGUUUGAUGACGCUCUGCGCAGAAGACGACCCCACGGCGACUCGGUCCCUCCUGAGUCGUGGUGUUGACCAUCACCUACUUGAUCAACGACCAUCCGCUCCUUUUUUUUUUUUUUCAAUAUGACCACUUGAACUGGUGAAGGAAAGGAAACAUUUCUCGGCCUCGAGAGAUAAGUUUUUUUUUUUUCGAUACACAGCGCUUGUCCACGAGGAAUUUCUUACGAGGAUUUUUCUAACUGUAGAUCAAGUAAUGAAUCGCUAGGAGGCUGGUGAAUUUUCAAAGAUAUGUCGAAAACAGAUUCCAGUUGAAAUCUUCGUGCUUUUCCCCCCGAGAAUAAGUUUAUUGUCGACGUUGAAUACUCGAGCUUUGAUGAAAAAGGUUCUCUCUGUUGAAGUUGCCCUGGAAAAUAAUUGUAUUUUCUUGUGCCAUUUCUGAUUUGUUGCGAAAAAGAAACUAUUUAAAGCUGCCGACUGGGUUUUGCCUGCAUGGGUAGGAUAAAGCUCUCUGCUGCCUUACAGCAUCGCCCGUCCGGCGUGUGUCCAGUAUGCCAUGAGUAAAGUGAGACGAGGAGGAAUUCAACGUAUUAUUAUUGGCUGCCAUUUACGAGGAACUUCGCAGCAUAGUUUAUUCCAUGUUUCCUUUCAUUUUUGUGGAAUGUUGAUGAUACGGGGAAUGUCAUGGUGCUGUUCUAGUUCGUGACCGACCUGACUCUACAGCAUUUGUGCUAUAGUGAGACUUGAUGAAAUGAAUUUAAAAGUUAACUGGAUGUUGACGUGGUAUAGCUGCAUAUUUGCCAUACCACGUAAACAUUUAUUUAGUAAUCAGCAUUGUUCACGUUUCCGUAUAUUUGGAGUAAAAUUUCUUGAUCUUGAUCUAUUCAUCAGUACAAUAUCUUCGCAUGCGUUUCUUGUGGGAAUUUUUGUGCACAAUCCAUCAAAUUGCUGAUGGACUCACGUAACUUCGCCAUUUUACCACGAAGUUUUAUCGAUCACAGUCCUCUGAUCCCUUGCUUACGAGAACGUAUUACAUUUCAAGGUCGGUAACGUCAUUCAAUCACGUGGUAGAACAGCACCAGCAAUUUUUAAAGCACAUUUGGUAGCGCAAUUUCGAGAAUUGAUGUGGUGAUUCAAAUAGUCUAUUUCCUCUGUCGGUUAAGGCAAGACAUCACCUUUUGGAAAGAUGGAAAAUGAGGAUUACUGAGUUUGGUCCGAAUGUAUUAAGAAGUUCCUAGGUUUUCUUCGUCCGCUAUCGGAAAAAAAAAAUUCUGCCGAUUUCUAUCACAUAUCAUGGGGUUCCUCGACUUCGGAUACCGAAGUCGUGUUCGUGAGGCGAAUGAAGGAACGGUAUCUCGACAAGAAAAGAUUUUUGUUCGUUUUUUCCCCUCUGAAAAGGUUGCUUUUUGACAGUGAAUGUUUCAUAGCUUUAACUUGUUUGAGAGCAACGGAGUUGGCGUCUUCGUUCGGUUUGUGUGUACGUGAGUGUCUGAGGAUAAAUUCGUUCUCCCACCGGCGUCUUAUCACCUUUUUUUUUUUACAAAAUAAUUUUUCGCUUUUAUGAGUUCCCAUGAAUGAGUUGCCGAUUUCAGGUUGAUCUAUGCAUUCAAUGGGGUUAUUUUCAGUCGAGGCUUUAAUGUCAGGUUGCGAAGUGUUGAUUUAAUUUUAUCUGCGCGUUAAUUUCUGUUAAAUAUGGGCAGGAGCUUUAAGCAGUAUUAACUAAACAUUGGCAAGAUUUUGGAACCAGAAGUCGCUUUUGGGGAAAUGAAACUGUUGCGUCCAUUAACACAUGACAACUGACAUUCCGCGUGGAGGAAUUUUUUUUUACCAACCGGUGUUGUGGUUUGGAUUCAUGGACAGGAAACUGAGGAGAAACGAAAAAUGAAGAGCUUAUUUGUAAAGUAAACAUCUCUCUCUGUCUCUCUUUGUAGGAACCGAAUUAUCGGUGGCAUUUUUUUUAGAAUUUCUUUCAUGUGGUAGAGGAAAAAAGUCGCUUCAGCUUUCGGUGUUUCGAUCCUGAUGUGAUUGUCUCUUUUUUUUACCCUGGAAGAUGUGGGGGAUUUUUGUUUCAUUGUGUUUAUAUUUUGCAUCAACAUGAUAUGUCCUAUUUUUCUUGGGAAUGUUUUUUUAAGAGUUCAAGAAAAUCUGAUGCUCUUUUUAUAUCAAGGCAAAAAAAAAUGCGGAGAGCAUUUCAUCGAGCUUCUUGUUGAGUUUUUUCGCUGCUGUUUGCUGUGGAGUUCAUAUGGAUGGGAGUAACAACGAAUAUUCGCGUUUGCCAAUGUUUUCCGCCUUUUCGAAUAUUUAUUGAAAAAUGUAUUUUAUCUAGUGAAAGAAUUUUCCGACUAUGGUACCAAUUUUUUCACUGGUUGAACAAAAAGACUACCAAGACCGACGAUGAAAGAUUCGCUGGACGAACAAGACCUUUUUUUUUUUCAAACCUGUAAAUGAGCGAUUUUUUUUUUUUGUGAUGGACAUACGAGGAAACGUUUCAUCGAAGUGGCCUUCCGAGUUUUUAGCAAUUGUACCAAGAAGAGAAGGUAGGAGGUUUUUCUUGUUAAUAACGGUAUUUCCUGAGGUUUUAUCCGAGCUGCCUUAUUACGCGACGCGUUCGCUGAUCUUUGUACGUCGGGUUUUCGUCGCGAACUAUUUUGCUUGCGGGAGAAUCGAGAAAAUAUAAAGAUCAUUUUUCCACUUGAGAA